GUAUGACUCAGGACGGGAUGGGUACAUCGACCUGAUGGAGCUGAAGCUGAUGAUGGAGAAGCUGGGAGCCCCACAGACCCAUCUGGGGCUGAAGAACAUGAUCAAGGAGGUGGAUGAAGACUUUGAUGGGAAGCUCAGCUUCCGUGAGUUCCUGCUGAUCUUCCACAAAGCUGCAGCAGGGGAGCUCGAGGAGGACAGUGGCCUGUUGACUCUUGCAAAGCUCUCAGAGAUAGACGUCUCCAUUGAGGGAGUCAAAGGAGCCAAGAACUUCUUUGAAGCUAAGGCUCAAGCCCUCUCUUCGGCCAGUAAGUUUGAAGCAGAGAUCAAAGCUGAGCAGGACGAGCGGAAGCGGGAGGAGGAGGAGCGGAAGCACCGCCGGGCAGCUUUCAGGGAGCUGAAGUCUGCCUUCACCCAGUGA